GCCCGGGCCGGGGCUGUCCCAUGAGCCCCCGGCAGCGGUGGGAGCGGGGGCGGAGCGGGGCCGUCCGGCGAUGGCGGCGGGGAGCGGGGCCCCGGGAGCCUCGGCCCGGGAGCACCGCCUGGAGCCCGGGGACACGCUGCCGGGGCUGGCGCUGCGCUACGGGGUGACGAUGGAGCAGAUCAAGCGUGCCAACCGCCUCUACACCUCGGACACCAUCUUCCUCAAGCCCACCCUGCUCAUCCCGGUGCCGGCGCAGCCGAGGGGACCCUGCCCCGAGGACAAGGACGCGCCCGCCCCGUCGGGGGGUGCCCCGCCUGCCCCCGCCGUGCCCCGCCACGACCUCUCGGCCACCGCUUUCCUGCAGCAGCUCGAUGCCGAGAUCGGGCGCUCCAAGGCGGCGGCAGCGGCGGUGGCAGCGCAGCGGCUCCGCACCGGCGCAGCGCAGGAUGAAGGCACUCGGAGCCCGGAACCCAGGGCCCCAACGGCCCCCCGGGGCCCCCGCCUGGGCCCCCGGCCCCUCACCAGGACCCCCCGGGCGGCCGCGCUCCGCGAUGCAGAGGAUGAGAUCUUCACGCUGUGAUGCCGGGGACACCGAGGCUGCGAGGCGGGGAUGACGGUGACGGGGAUCCCGGGACACCCCGGCCCCUGCUGCGCACAGGGGUGGGGACACAGGGAUGCGGGCAGGGCUGGGACGGGGUGUCCUUUCCUUCUCUCUUUCAAGGGGCCUUUCCUGCUGCAGGGACACCCAGCGCCUGACGGCAGAGCCAGCCUCCUUGCGGGAGUACUGGGGGAUGGCACCGGGAGC